GCCAAGAGAAAAUUAAUAAAAAAAAAAUAAAUAUUUUAUAAAAUAAAAAUCUAUAAAUGGAAAUAAAAAUUGCAAAUGAUUCAUCGACGACGACGUAAUAUUUCAACAAAUUCUACUAAAUCAGAAAAUUGUUUUUUAAUGUCUUUAGAAGAAAGAAUAUGGCAUAUUGGUACAAUACCAGGAAAAGUAGUUGCAGCAUCAUUAGGUGCUAUAGUAAAAUAUGCACAAGAUUCAGUUAAUAUAUUUUUAUGUCCACCAGGAAAAGCUCGUCGCAAAGAACGAGAUGGCGAUCAAAGUUCAACAGAUACUAAAUUAUAUUUAGAAGAGAGUGUUUUAGAGCGUAAAUUACCUGAUGCUGAUCUCAAAGCCUUAGUUGAUCUUCCAGCUGGUUUAGACUAUAAUGAAUGGCUAGCUUCUCAUACACUGGCACUAUUUGAACAUGUCAAUUUAGUUUAUGGAACAAUUAGUGAAUUUUGUACAACAUCAGGCUGUCAAGACAUGACUGGACCUGGGAAUAGAACGUACUUAUGGUUUGAUGAAAAAGGGAAGAAAACACGUGUUGCUGCCCCACAAUAUAUUGAUUAUGUGAUGACAUUUACCCAAAAAACCGUUAGCGAUGAAUCAAUAUUUCCUACAAAAUAUGCAAAUGAAUUUCCAAGUUCAUUUGAAAGUAUCGCACGGAAAAUAUUACGCUUGCAAUUUCAUGUGAUAGCUCAUCUAUAUGCGGCGCAUUUUAAAGAGAUCGCCCUAUUAGGUUUACAUACACAUUUAAAUUUAACUUUUGCCCAUUUGACAGCAUUACAUCGACGUUUCAAUUUGAUAGAUGAAAAAGAAACUGAUGUUCUACGCGAUUUGGAAGUAGCAUUACGUUUAACUGAUGAGUUUAGUAAUAACAGUGGAGGUAGUGGUACAAGUAGCGGUGGUGGUGCUGGAAAUAAUUCAACAACAUCAUCAUCAACAAAUGGUAGUAACAACAGUACUAUAAAUUCUAGUAAUAAUCAUCAUCAAGGAAGUGGUGGUGCAGGAAUAGGUGGUGAUCAUCAUAAUCAUCAUCAACAACAUCGUUUACUGCUGGGCGGAACAAAUGAUGAUAAUAAUUUAUUAAAUAGUGGUAUAGCUGGUAGAAUUGAUGUUGUUAGUAGUAAUAUAAAUACAAAUAAUAUACUUGGAAAUAGUGGACAUAGCGGUCUCGUUGGUGGAGGUUUAAUUGGUGUUGAUAUAACAACAUCAUCAUCAGCAAAUGCAUCACCAAGACAUCCAAUAUGUACACAACCAGAAGCUAUGAAAGGUUUAAAUAGUGAUCAAUCGGACAUAAGAGGUGGUGCUGGUGGUGGUAAUUGUACUGAUGGUAGUACUUAUUUCAAGGGCGGUCAUAGUCAUCAACAAGUUAUAAAUUUUAAUAAUAAUCAUCAUAAUAAUAGCACAGGAGCGUCGGCAUAUACAGCAAAUAGUAUGUUACAACAACAAUGCAAUAAUAGUAGAAGUAGUCAAAAUAAUAGUAAUAAUUCACCACAUACCACUACAACCGCAUAGUUACAAAUUAUUAUUAUUAUAAUAAAUACAUAUUUAUUUACACACACCUAUAUAAAACUAUAAAAAUAACAAAUUGAAAUAAAAUUAAAACAAAAAUUUAAAAGAAAUGAAAUUAGUUAAUUAAUUAAAUAAAAAAAAAUGAAAAUUAUCAAGAGAAGAAUAAAAAAAAAUGAAUUCAAAUUACAGGAUUUUUAGUUUUUCUAUACUUAAAUUAUAUUAUUACAUAUUAUAUGUUCUUGAAGAAAAAAGAUUUUAAUGAAAUAAAAGAAAGAAAACAUUUAGACAAAAAAUUUUAAAUUUAAAAGAAAAACUAUAAACACAUAUUCAAAAAAAAUAUGUACAUAAAAAACUACAGAAAUA